AUGGGUUCCGGACGCGUAUGGGCACCUCCCUCACCCCCCCCGACCGAUAAGGGAAAAUUUCCCCGUGUACCUAAUUCUCACCUACACUUCCCAAGAUCCUCCCCGACACCAUCACCGGUGGGCGGUUAUGAUAUUGCGACAGCGACCGCACCUACUGAGGUCCUCCCUCCUACUCUGACCGAUUCACUAUCGAUUAAUAGCGUAGACGACAUUAAAUUAGCUGGAGGGGUUAUAUUUCCGCCCAGGAUCGGGAAGGUGGAAGAUAGUCGUCGCACACCGCUUAGUACAUUGACUGCGUGCUCCAUCCUGCUCUGUAUCCAUUCCUCCGCCCAGAUGCGCACUGCCAAGAACUAUCGUGUAGCGGUUUUUCGCCGAGAUCCCCAGGGGGGAACCACCACCGAUAAGGAACUAUUUCAGGAGUUCCAGCGAACAUACAACGUUGAAUUGCGAUCGUUUUGGCAGCGAUUGUUCUCCCUCAAAGGACUUAAGUAUAUCGGAGUUGUGGAGUAUACACAACCUGAAUCCCCAGCUCUGUUGCUGCUCGAUACGGCCUCGCGAAACUCGAUCCUUUACGCAUUCAAGAAACCUCAUAAGUUAUCUACGACUGGGGAUUGGGUUGAUUGGGUAUUCAAUAUCAAAUCAUUGCCGCCGCACCGUUAUGGGCUAGAGUUUGUACAGGGCUGGAAUGGCCGUAAGAUAGUGCUGUUGGCAGCGGUACCAUGGAUCGGCAGUGUAAUCACAGCGGUCUUGUGGAGUGGGCUUACUGGCGAUGUGCAGACCGCCAUGGCAAUAGCCAGUUAUAUCUUGACUGCAAGCGGAGGUAUUUUGGCGUUACUGGGUAUAAUAAGCACUUUGGAAGGUUGA